GUCUCACUUCAGAGCGACCGCCCCGAUUCUCCUUUGCUUGAUAAAUUAUUACCUUGUGAUCAAUCCGGCUUGCACAUGAACAAAGGGGGUUUGAUGGAUGUUGGAGAAAACCUGGAGAGCUCCUUGUUCCUGUUAGACGAGAGCAGGUGGAGUGAGGACGCCACAGUGAGAAAUAGGAUAUUUUUUGGCGUUUUUAAACAUGACAACUCCAAUCACUGCUCUCUUUAAAGCCUGUUACAGGUGCUGAACGCAACCUGAGAAGCAGAUGGAAGUGAUUUGUCUUCUCUGAAAAAUGAACUUGUGGGCUAAUAAACCCUGAUCAGUUGGUAAUUUUAAUCUGCCCCUCACUGUAGCCAGUUAUUCUGAUCACCCUCUUAUAGCACACCCCACCAACUGAGUCUGGACCAGACCAUACCAACUCCAGCAUGAUGAGAGGGGGCUCUGCUGCUGCAUCAAGGCAGCUCUUGUAACAUGAUCCUCUCUACCCGAUCAAAUAAGCACUCAUUCCCUGAAAGUGACACUUCUGUCGAGGUAAAAACACCCUGCUUGGCUUCUUUUUUUUUUUUCUUUUUUUUUUGCCUUUCAGCAUCAUCGUGUGUGGGGGUUUCUGAGCCGCGUUUCUCUCACUAUUGGGCCAACCAGCAGAGCGUGCUGAACAAAGCCACGAGAAAGGAGAGGGAGAGAAAGAGAGAGAGUGAGGGGAGCUUCUGGGGAAGAAAUGUCUCUCGCUGACUCUGUCGCCUCGACAACCGGGUAAGAAAAGGAGGGGAGGGAAGCACCAGAACAGGAGGAAAAGGACUUGGGCGCAUUGAAGGAGAAUAAGAGCUGGGUGUUUGAAUCAGGAGAUUCCAGCCGAGUGAGGGAGGAAAGUGGAUUUAUUUUUGUGUGUGUGGCAUUUUCUUAUAAGGGCUCAUUGGGUGGAUCUAUUUCUAUUACCUUGUGAGUUAUUAACUAUGUCAAAAAAAAGCAGUUUAAUCUUUUUUUUUUUUUCUCACGUUCAGAUAUCGGCGCAUGGAGCAGAUGAAGCUGCAGAGGUCAAGUUCAGCUUUAUAAAAGUGGACCAGGCAGGCCUGAACGCUCCACCUGUGAUUCCUGUGUGAUCAGCCUCAGAUAACGGAUCAUUCUACCUUCAGACCGCCGCCAAGGACAGAAAAUUAUACAGCAACUUGUAAAGGUGCAAGCAUGGAUGUGGAGGACGAGGCGCUGCUGUUUCGCACCAGCUGGGGUGAUGAUGAGGAGGAAGAGGAGGAGGAGGACGACGGGGUGGCGCACGCUGCGGGGCAUGGCUGCUUCUCGGGGACUGUAGGGGUUUGUGGGCUGUGGAGGGGAGUGGGGUGGGUCUACACACAACCCUGGGCCAGCGGGGUGGUCUUAGGGGUGGCCUUCCUCAUGCCCUGCGCCCUGUUUGCCUACAUGCUGCUCUACUGCCCUCCUCUGGACAUAGACCUCUCCUACAGUGCCUUUGAGGUUCACAGUCACUUCUCAGCUGAACGCUUUGAUGCUCUCACCAUCGCUGUGAAGUCUCAGCUGGGGUCCUGGGACAGGCGCAGGCGGGACGUCGAUGACAUGGAGUCUGAGGAACUCAAGGAGCUUAUCCUGGAGAAGCUGGCGGAGAGGGGAGUUUUCAACUGGACAGAGGGGAAGAAAGUGAAAUCCUCCUUUCAAACAGGCAGCACUCUAAAAACAGAAGAAGCCAGAGAAACAAGAACUGAGGCCGACUCAAGUCAGGAGGGGGUGAGGAGGGACAAGAGUCCUGGAGGUGAAGAGGAGCAGGGAUUAUGGGACGGAAACUCCUCCCUUCCACUCAUUAGGAAGCGCAGAUUUGCUCCUAAUUACUACAUGCAGAGCCAGGCUCUGUGGAGGAUUGAGCUGGUGUUUGUGGCUCAGGGGAAAGGGGAGCGCAACAUCUUCACUCCGGAGCGCCUGGAGACGAUCCACCAUGUAGAACGUCUCCUCAUGCAGCAUUCGCAGUUUCAUCAGUUCUGCUGGAAACCUAUGGAGAUUUUAAGGGAUCUGCCUCUGGGGCCGUCCUAUUGCUCCCCACCCAGCUCUCUUCUGUCUUACCUCUACCCCAGUGAGAGAGCGGGGAAGAUAUACUACGAUGGCAUGGGCCCAGAUCUGGCUGAUAUUCAAGGUUCCUUAAGUCUGGCCAUCACCCACCCACAGUUCUACUGGUACGUGGAUGAAAGUCUUUCCCCCGAGCGUCUCUCCUCGGCUCUCCUGCGCAGUGAGAUCCACUUUGGGGCUCCCCUGCCAUCUUACUACUCCCUGCAGGACCGAGGAGACGAGCAGAGAGCUCGCUUCAAAAAUUUUGUGGUUCAGUAUGCAGGCAUGCUGGCCAAGCAGUCUACCAGUGAAGUGAAGGUGCUGUAUGGAGGGACGGAGCUGUUUGAUGAUGAAGUCAGACACACCUUUUACAAUGAUAUGAUGUUGGCUGUCAUCAGCGGAGUCUGCAUCACCGUGCUCGUCUAUAUCCUCACCUCGUUUUCUGUCUUUCUGACGUUCUUUGGACUCGCCGCCAUUGGGCUGAGCUGCUUGAUGGCUCUGUUUUUAUACCACGUUGUCUUCGGGGUGAGGUACCUCGGCAUUCUCAAUGGAGUCGCAGCAUUUGUUAUCAUUGGGAUUGGGGUGGAUGAUGUGUUUGUGUUCAUCAGCACCUUCAGACAGGCAUCCCAUCUCCGUCGGCCCCGGGAGCGAAUGAUCUACACAAUAAAGACGGCCGGCCGGGCGACGUUCCUCACCUCCUUCACGACCGCGGCCGCCUACGCCGCGAACACCUUCUCUCAGAUCCCAGCCGUGCAUGACUUUGGCCUAUUCAUGGCCCUCAUUGUCAGCUGCGCCUGGCUUUGGGUGUCUGUCCUGAUGCCAGCAGCCCUGUGUAUCUGGACCCGGCAUGUGGAGCCUCACGAACACGACUGGAUGAACUGCGUGAAGCUGCUUUUGGGCUUGUCAGCGAGCUACAGCCCUCUGUCAGAUGAAGAUGAUGAUGUGGCACUUCUGUCGGUGGACAUGGAGCCAGGCUCCUGUGACACAGACAGCGACGGAGCCAUUCUUUCCCUGACAGUGGAUACACCAUUAUCCCCCGCAGGACAGCAUCAGAUGGGUGUGGUGAGCACAAACCUCCAGUGGUGCCUGAAGCACUUAGUGGCUGAGCCGGCUGUGAAGCAUCGAAAAGCAGUUUUAGGUGUCUUUCUCCUGGUUCUGGUUUUCUCUGCGGGCUGCUGCUGCCUCCUGAGGCCGGCCACCCACGCCCCCCUCCUAUUCCGACAGGAAACAAACCUUCAGACGCUGCUGGCUCUGCGCAGCAACCUGAGUGGUCAGGGCAUCUCCUGCCCCACCUGCUCAGGGGUGUUCAUGGAAAAACCACAUCUGCUGUACACGCAUACUUCCUCGUCAGGAUUGAGGUUUUCCACGCAUCAGCAAAGUCAAAGCACGACAGCUUCGACUGUCUCCCAGACAUCCAUGAAAACAAGCCCAAGCACCAACAACACAGUGUCAGACUCCUUGCUGACUGUGUAUGUGUCGAAGCUGGCCCAAGGAGGCUCCACAACAAUCUACAGGUUCUCGCUCAACACCAGCAUCCGGUCGCCGUGGAAAGUGUGCAGCACGGAGCGUGACGAGGUGUCGUCGUUCCAGGCCUUUAGUCGUCCCCAGAGAAAUUACACCAGCAGAAUGACGGUGUGCGUUUCCCGAGAGUAUCGCCCCUACCCCAGCUGGAUGAUCACGUCCGGCUUGUGCGAUCACCGCCACGGCUGGACCCAAGAGUUUUCCUUCUACGUUGCAGCGUCCCCGCAGCAGAAUAGCAGGAGGCUGUAUUUUGCUCAGUGCCAUCAGAGACCUCAUCCCAGCAGGCUGUGUGUCAAAACACCUGGUUGUGGCUUCAGUUCUGGGCCUGACGGACCUUUAAAAGGAUCUUUUUAUAUCCCCCUCCCCAUCGAUUCCUCAUCCGCUGCCAAGACAAAGGCAUCGAAGACGUCUGGCUUUAACCCGUGCAGCGGCGGCGCUUGUGGUCGCCCAGCUGUGCGUCCCCUGGUUGACACCGGGGCCAUGGUUUUCGUCGUGUUCGGGAUCCUGGGAGUCAAUCGAAGCGAGAACAGGGAAAACCAUGUAAUUGGAGACAUGGGCAGCGUUAUCCUGGAUCCAGACUUUGAUAUUUUCAAGGAAAUGGGCCAUCUCUGCACAAUCUGCAAAGCUGUCGGUGCAAACAGAAAACUCGUGAAGCCGGGAGGAGCUCAGUGUUUGCCUUCAGGCAACAAACUCUCCUCAGUUCUUCCUCUGCUCCAUCCUGAGUGCCACUCCCUCCCCGAACCCAAUCUCCUCCCGGGCCAGCUCUCCCACGGCGCAGUGGGAAUGCACGGCGGCAAGGUCCGCUGGUUGUCCAUGGCCUUUGAAUCUACCACAUACAAGGGGAAAUCGUCCUUUCAGACCUACUCAGACUUCCUCCAGUGGGAGAACUUCAUCCAGGAGCAGCUUGCCAGCCUCCCACAGACUUCGGCUCUCCAACGUGGUUUCCAGACAUGUGAGCACUGGAAGCAGAUCUUUAUGGAAAUUAUAGGUGUGGAGAGUGCCCUCUGGAGUCUCCUGCUCUCUCUAGCGAUCUGUGUGGCCGCCGUGUCUGUGUUUACAGCGCAUCCUCUGCUGCUGCUGCCGGUGCUCAUAACAAUUAUAGGAGUGAUCUGUCUGGUUGUGGCUGUCAUGUAUUGGCUGGGUUGGGAGAUGGGAGCAGUGGAAGCGAUUUCUCUGUCAAUACUUGUCGGAUCUUCAGUGGAUUACUGUCUGCACCUGGUGGAGGGGUACCUGCUGGCUGGCGAGACGGCUUCCCUACUGCCUGGACACAACUCUGAGCCUUCAGCCGAGAGGCAGAGGCGAACUUUGGAGGCAGUGAACCAUGUGGGCGUUGCCAUAGUGUCCAGCGCCGUCACCACAGCAAUCUCCACCGUCCCUCUUUUCUUCUGCGUCAUUGUGCCUUUCGCCAAGUUCGGUCAGAUCGUGGCCAUCAACACGGCCGUCUCCAUUUUCUUCACCUUGUCUGUGACUUCUGCCUUGCUGGCCUGCAUGGCCCCGGCCCGCUUCAGCAGACACCCCGGCGCUGUGCUGAAGGCCAGCCUGGCUGUGACAGCAGCGGCGGCCUUGGUGGGGGCUCUGUGCUGGACGGGCCAGCAGCUGGGGGCAUCGGCCUGGCGGUCCCUCAGCACAUGAACACACUGUUGUCCUCGACUCACACUGAUGUCAGACAAGAGUAAUGUAUUUUCCUUUACCUUCAGGAGAAAUAUCAGAUCAGUAAGUGAUCUUUAAAGCACAAAGAUGUCAACACUGUCUCAGUAAUUGAAAACUAUUUGUUUUCUAAGAACAGAUUUAUUUUACUUGUAAUAGUCAGUGAGUUUGACAUACAGGGGGACAAUCCUUCACCUGCUGAGUAUCUUCUUGUAACUACGUGACUCAGUUCUGUUCUGCCUGUGAGUUGACAUGAUAACUAGGUUAAGGUAUUGUGCUUUUUUUGUUUUCACAACCACAUACUUCAGUGUAACUUAGUGGGAUUUUAUAUGACUGACCGACACAAAGUCGCACAUAAUUGUGCUGUGGAAGAAAAACUAUACAUGCUUUGCAAAUCUAAACCUGGUUAUGUCUCAUUCAGGUUAGAUGGAGAAGUAAAACUAAAAUAAUCUGAAUCUUUUUAGUUUGUGCAACUAAUAAGAAUCCUCUCAGCAUAUUCUCCCACCUGAGCUGUAGACCUCAGCAGCAGUUACCACAGGCCUCUCAGGUGCUUUGCCCAUUGUUGGUCCUCUGACUGGACCUGUUGGUUUGCAGUAAAGACAUACUCUUAAUUUUUAUGGAAGAUGUUAAAAUAUAUGUAGAUAUGUUACUUCUUUUAAAAUUACACACCAGUGAACUCUUACUAAUUUGGAUGCUCUAUAUUCUACUUAGAGGUGUUAAACAAAAUUAGGCUGACCCCCCUUUGUAGGCGACACUGUUCAGGUUUGCAUUCAU